CAACGCAAACGCAACUCAUUUGACACGACCGGUUUGUAAUUAUUCAUGACGUUCCCUGGGUAUAUUUGUCACAAAACGGAGGGCGUUUUGCUGUCGUAUCACACUGACCGUAAGAGACCAGGUUAAGGACGGAGGCAGAAAAACGGAGGUACGACUAUGUCUGACGAGGGGAAGCUUUUUGUCGGAGGCUUGAACUUCGAUACCACAGAAGAGUCUUUGGAGUUGGCCUUUUCGAAGUAUGGCAACAUCUCGAAAAUUGACGUGAUCAGAGACCGCGAAACGCACAGGUCGAGAGGGUUUGGCUUUGUAACGUUUGAAAACCCAGACGAUGCCAAGGACGCCUUGGAAGGCAUGAAUGGAAAGACCGUCGACGGCAGGACGAUCCGGGUAGACGAAGCUGGCAAGUCUGGAUCGCGGUCCGGAGGCGGUGGAUACCGGGGCGGACCUUCGGGAGGCCGAGGGGGCGGAUUCUUCAGAGGGGGCCGGGGAAGAGGUGGAGGAGGAGGAGGAUAUGGUGGUGGAGACAGGUAUGGAGGAGGUGACAGGAGUUAUGGAGACAGGAGCUAUGGUGGAGGUUAUGGUGGUGGUGGCGGAUACUCCCAGAGGAGCAGUGGGGGAUACUCUGGCGGGGGUGGAGGCGGAUACUACAACAGAGACAGGGGGCAGUCGGGCUACGGUGAUCGGUCUGGAACGUACAGAGACGGCUAUGACAGCUAUCGUUGAGGGGAUCUGACCGUCUGGGUUGAGCCAAACAAGAUGGAAGCCGAUUAAUUGCUGCGACCGCUACGGCCUGGUCCUCUGGGUUAGACGCUUCAGGUGCUGAACUCCAAGGAUAUUCAUGAGUACUUGGAUGUUGGGAGUCUGGCAGACUGCUGCCAUCGCUAUAACGGCAGUCGUCUCCUUGGGAUCUGUCUAGCAAGGAGUUCUGGCAGGUCGUCCUGAGGAAUGUGCAUUCUGGUCUCCUCUCUUCACUCUUCUGAGUUUAAGGACUUGUUAUAAAAAAUAAAAACAAGAGUAGCCCAAAUGUAUUUGUCAUGUGCAAUUACCCUUUUCUUUAUCUUGAGUGUACAUUGAGUACUGGUAUGUUUUGAGUAAUUGCAUCUUGCAUUUGCCAUGAGACUUCUCACUCAUCCCUGCACAUGCAUACAUGGCUUGGAGCAGUGGUCUCCAAACCUGGACCGGGAGAGCUAUAGGGUCUGCUGGUUUUUGUUGUUUCCCUGCACUUAACUGUAAUAAACUGCUCUAAUUGAUUAACUCCCCUCACCUGGUUACCUGGGUCUCAACAGGUGCUGAUUUUUAAGGUGAAAACAAACCGGCAGACCCAGUAGCUUUCCAGGCUUAGAGCCUCCAUACUUCCACACCAUGUUUUUUUUCUCCCCCUUUAUUUUUGUAUGUGUUUUUGUUUUGAAUAAAUUAUUUUAUCCUU